AUGGCAUCGCAGUGGGCUGCUCCGCCGCCGGGCUACCCGGCCGGGCACGGGCAGGCGUACGGCAACCAGCAGCUGGCCACGCCGCCGCCACAGGCCGCCACGGCCGUGGCCGUGACGGCGACGAGCAACGGCGUGGGCAACCCCUACGUGUUCGUCACCCCCGCGUCCGCGACACCUUCCACCUGCCAGACCGUCAGGAAGGCGCUGUGCCGCUACGGCAAGCUGCUUGAGGACGGGACCCGCAAGGCCGCCGACGCCACCGGCAACAUCUGGCACCACCUCCGGACGGCGCCGAACAUGGCGGACGCGGCGGUGGCGCGGCUGUCGCAGGGGACCAAGGUGUACGCGGAGGGCGGCCACGACAGGGUGUUCUUCCAGACGUUCGGCGCCAUGCCCGGGGAGCAGCUCCGCAAGGCCUACGCCUGCUACCUCUCCACCUCCUCGGGCCCCGUCAUCGGCACGCUCUACCUCUCCACGGCGCGCCUCGCCUUCUGCAGCGACAGCCCGCUCUGCUACCAGGGCCCUGCCGGCCAGCAGCAAGAGUGCAUGUACUACAAGGUGGUGCUUCCCCUGAGCCAAGUGAUGUCAGUGAACCCUUCUUCCAGCAUGCGCAACCGGGCGGAGAGGUACAUUCAGAUCACGACCACGGAUAACCACGAGUUCUGGUUCAUGGGGUUCGUGAACUACGACAAGGCCCUCAAGAAUCUCUACGAGGCCCUGCAGCACCGCGAUAUCAACGGCCACCAGCGCAGCUGA